UAAUUAUUCUAUUAAAACAACAAUAGAAUUGUAUAUUGAAUUCCAAAUUUUCAACUUUGAAAUCAUGAUGUGACAAAUUUCCGGUCAAUCGUGUCCAUUUUCAUGAAUUCCCAUAACGCGUAACGAUGCUCGCGCGUGUUCUUGUUUAAAAUCAUUCGUUUCCGUGUAAAUUAAGAAAUUUUACGUGUUAACUCAUUCCAUACAAUUUCAACAUCAUGGGAGUUCCAGCAUUUUUCAGAUGGCUUAGUAGAAAAUAUCCUUCUGUAGUCGUACAUUGCAUCGAACAAAAAACAACUGAUUUACAUGGAAAUCCAAUUAGUGUUGAUUCUUCUGAACCUAAUCCAAACGGGGUGGAAUUUGAUAAUUUAUACUUGGACAUGAACGGAAUAAUUCAUCCUUGUACUCAUCCCGAAGACAAACCAGCACCGAAAACUGAGGAUGAAAUGAUGAUUGCUAUUUUUGAAUGUAUUGAUCGUCUGUUCAGGAUCGUCAGACCACGCAAAUUAUUGUAUAUGGCCAUUGAUGGGGUUGCCCCAAGAGCUAAAAUGAACCAACAACGUUCAAGACGUUUUCGCGCAUCUAAAGAGACCGUAGAGAAAGUUAAUGAGAUGAGUCGGAUUAGAGCUGAAUUAUUGUUAAAAGGUGCAAAAUUACCAGCUGAAAAGGCCAAAGAAGAGCAUUUUGAUUCAAAUUGUAUUACACCUGGAACUCCUUUUAUGGCUCGUUUAUCUGAAUGUUUACAUUUUUAUAUACACGAUAGGUUAAAUAAGGAUCCUGGAUGGAAAGGAGUGAAGGUUAUUUUGUCUGAUGCAAAUGUGCCAGGAGAGGGUGAACAUAAAAUAAUGGAUUACAUCAGAAAACAAAGAGGUCAACCAGAUCACGAUCCAAAUACCCAACAUUGUCUUUGUGGAGCAGAUGCAGAUUUGAUUAUGUUAGGUUUAGCAACACAUGAACCAAAUUUUACAAUUAUUCGUGAAGAAUUUAAACCAAACAAACCGAGACCGUGCGAUCUUUGUGGUCAACUUGGUCACGAAAUGAAGGAAUGUAUGGGUUUGGCAAGAUUACAAGAUGGCGAAGAUGAAAAAACUUUUGGUUCGGAGCAAGAAUUUAUUUUUGUUCGUUUAAAUGUACUUAGAGAGUAUUUAGAACGCGAAUUACAGAUGCCUAAUUUGCCUUUUACGUAUGACUUUGAACGAGUAAUUGAUGACUGGGUUUUUAUGUGUUUCUUUGUUGGUAAUGAUUUUUUACCACAUCUUCCGAGUUUAGAGAUCAGAGAAGGUGCCAUUGAUCGAUUGGUUGGUCUUUAUAAAGAUUGUGUUUACAAAACACAUGGUUACUUAACAGAUAGUGGUGAUGUUAAUUUGGAAAGGGUACAACUGAUUAUGUUUGAAUUGGGGAAAGCUGAGGAUGAAAUUUUUAAAACCAGGCAACAAAAAGAAUUGGCGUUUAAGGCUAGGGAUAAAGCAAAAAAAAGAAGGACAGACGAGUAUCAACAACGGCAAAGGAAACCCGAUUGGGCUAUAUUAGAAAACACUCAAUUUGCUCCAAUACCUUUAGGUCAAUCAAAGACAAUACUAAAUCCAAGACAAGAAGCCUUUCAAAUACGAAAAGCAGGAAUGCAUUCAGCUUCGGACAGUUUGCAAAGUGCUGAUAAUAAAGAAGCUUUGGAAUCGAUGUUACGCAAAGAUUCAAACACUUCUUCACCUAGUACGGAAGAAAAUAAAGGGAUUAAACGUAAACAUGACGAGAGUGAUGAGGAAGAAGAACCAAACGAUGAAGUUCGUUUGUGGGAGGAUGGAUUUAAAGAUCGUUAUUAUGAAUCGAAAUUUGACGUUACGGUUGAAAACUUAGAAUUUAGAAACGCGGUAGCUCUGCAGUAUGUUCGUGGACUGUGUUGGGUUUUGCGCUAUUAUUACCAAGGUUGCGCCUCGUGGAAAUGGUAUUACCCGUACCAUUACGCGCCAUUUGCAUCCGAUUUUAUAAAUAUUGCUGGAUUAAGCACAGAAUUUAGUACUGAUUCUAAACCAUUCCUUCCACUACAACAGUUGAUGGGUGUAUUUCCUGCUGCAAGUAGUCGUCAUAUUCCACAACCUUGGACACAUUUAAUGAGUGACCCUGAUUCUCCAAUUAUUGAUUUUUAUCCAACUGAUUUUAAAAUAGAUUUAAAUGGGAAGAAAUUUGCUUGGCAAGGUGUCGCUCUUUUACCGUUUGUAAAUGAAACACGUCUUUUUAAAGCGUUAGAACCGUAUUAUUCUGAAUUAACACCAGAAGAGGUUAAACGUAAUAUAAGAGGCGAUGAUCGCUUGUAUGUGGCAAAUGGGAACAGAGCUCAUGGUAUUAUUAAAGCACUUUAUUCAGAGAGAAUUGAUAAAGAUUUUGAGACUGCAGUCAAAAUUGAUGGCAUGAGUGGAACUGUACUGUUAGCAGAUGAUUAUGUUCCAAUUGGAGAAACUAUUAAUUCUCCCAUAUUUGGUUUAAAAUCAAUACAUGACAACAAAGUUUGUUGCAUAAGAUAUAGAGAUCCAAAGUACAACAAAGAAUACAUUUUUCCCGCUAGGAAAUUAAAAGGAGCAAAAACUCCACCAAGAGUGUUAAAACCUCAGGGUAUGGACGAUGAAGGUAAUCGAAAUUGGAGACCACAAAUAGGCAUGGCGCCAUCUACUACGAGAGCUUCGUUAGGUCGACCUGGACAUAGAGCUUUAAAUCAUUACGUACCCAGAGGUUCUUCAAGGGGAGGUCAAGAUUCAAGACAAAAUCAAUCAUACAGAGGAGGUUAUCAGAGUUACAACCAACAAAACAGUUAUCAGCAAGGCGGAUAUUAUCAAAAUCAAAGAGAUCAACAAAAGGGAUCCGGAAAUUAUUACAACUCGAAUUAUUCGCAAGGCAGAUCAAAUCACGGAAGUGGAGGUGGAGGUUACAAUUCGUAUAAUUCCCAAUCCCAACAAGGAUAUUCUCAACAAAGAGGCGGAUACAAUACCAAUAAUUCCGGUAGAUAUCAACAACAAGGAAACCGCGAUCAGCAUAGAAGAACUGGCGGUCCGUAUAAGGACAGAUUUGAACCGUACAGUUCUCAGUAUAGAAGAUAAAUAAGUUAGAAUAAGUAAUAAGAUCGAUAGAAUUUUAUUUGCGAUAGCAGACUCACUGGUUUGUACCUUACGCAUUAAAAAUAACGAUUUAUUUUUACUUUUAUCAAUUUCGACUUGUAUUUUCAUUAUGAUUUAGAUAUUUUUAAAACAUAGCAGUAUAAAGUAGAAGUGAGUUUAUGUUUCUUGUUUUUGUUUGUACAGCAGAGAAAUAAUCAAUAAAUUUCAAUGUUUUACAAAA